AAAUGCAGCGUGACUGUCGACUGACGCAAGCGGAGCGGGGGCUGGCGCACCGCGGAGAGCCGCCUGCUCCGCGCCCCUCCGCGCCCCACCGCCGCUUGGAUUCCCGGUCGAUCGGCUUUCGUCCUGCUGGGGCGCCAUAGGCAGCAUAGACUCUCCCUUAUCUGCGGCUAGCGACCCGCUUUCAGCACCAGCGAACUCGCAACAGCUCCGCGACGCGACCAGAAGACGUCGGUGCCUGGAGGCUCGUAUUGGGUGGGAAGCGGCUCUUGCCUAUGCGGAGCCAUCGGAAAUCGAACGGACAUUUUUUAAGAACGAUACACUAGUGGGGAUCUCAUCUUCCGGACACAACAAGCCACAAGGAUGGCGUCUAAGAGCACGGAAUUUUUAAUCAUUGCUUACAUAUUCACUAUAACUGUGUACCACGUUUGUUCCUUUCCUACACCCGCAUUGAGUAAUGUCCAUACUGUUUAUAACAGGGAGCUGAGUGAAGAACGACCAUUGGAGGAGCAGAUCGCAGAAGCGGAUAGUGUCAGUAAAGCCAAACCAAUCGAAAAAACACGACGGUCCGACUCAACGGAGCCAAGAAUAGAUCCUGACAACAAUAAUUUCAGCACCGUCAGGUCUACAGCAGAAAAAACCAAGAAUUUGGAGAAGGCGAAUCCCAGAGCCUUCGAUGGGCAGCAUUUUACAGAAGAUGCUGACUCCACUAAAAGCAGAGGACCGGCAGACGACUACGACUCCACCAAAAACGGCAUGGACUACAGAUUCAGAGAUGACCCAGAGAGCUUCCGUCAGCUUGACGGGACCCCGCUAACAGCAGAGGAUAUUGUACAAAAGAUCGCAAAUAAAAUAUACGAAGAAGACGACAGGGGAGUUUUCGACCGGAUUGUCUCCAAGCUCUUGAAGCUCGGGCUGAUUACAGAGAGCCAGGCUAAUACACUGGAGUAUGAAGUGGCUGAGGCCUUGCAAGACCUCAUCACCAAGAACGCCAAGAAAAAUGAAGUUGAUGACAUCAGCAUGGAGUUUCCCAUCUCCAGAACCAAUGACAUGGAGCAGAGCCAGGACCUGAAGGAGACUGCGAGGAAGGACAUCGGGGUUGAGGUGGAGAAGGAGAGCGGGGUGGCGGAACCAGGAGAGCAGGGGCGCGAUGACACGGUGGAUGGCGUGCGGAUCCCACGCAGGAAAUCAGAGCUCCGGAGUGAGAUGAGCACCAUGGACGGCCUAGACGACCUGCAGUAUUUCCCCAACUUCUACAGCCUCCUCAAGAGCCUCAGCUCAGAGAAAGAUGCACAGGAGAGAGAAACUCUGAUCACCAUAAUGAAAACCCUGAUUGAUUUCGUGAAGAUGAUGGUCAAAUACGGCACCAUCACACCGGAGGAAGGAGUGUCUUACCUCGAAAACCUAGACGCCAUGAUUGCUCUUCAGACGAAGAAUAAACUUGGAAAAUCUCUGGCAGCGGACAUAAAACCACCCACAGAGAGAAGCGGAGACGAGGUGGACAACACAAAGGAGGCGACGGCCCGGAUGCAGAAAGAGUACGAGUUGCUGAAGGACUCCACCAAGGACAGCCAGGGGGUCGUGGAGACAGGCCACCCAGGGAAGUCAGAGAUCUACCUGGAGGCCAUCAGGAAGAAUAUCGAGUGGCUCAAAAAGCACAAAAAAGACACCAACAAGGAAGAUUACGACCUGUCCAAGCUGAGGGACUUCAUGGACCAGCAAGUGGACACCUACGUGGACAAUGGCAUCUUGCAGAAGGACGAGGGCGAGGUCAUCAAGCGGAUUUACAGCAGCAUGUAAACCGGCGGGUGUCCCGGGGUGCGUGGGGCAGCAAACAUAAAUAAUCGACAUGGACUUACCUGCCUCACAUUUCCCAAAAGGUACAUGGUUAUAUUAAAAUUAGUAACACAGCAAUAAUCGUAUUAUUAUUGUUGAAUACGUCUUUCGAACUGCAGUACCCCAUGUUAUGCAGUGGCAGUACAAUGCUGUUCAGCAGACUGUCGACUGACUAAUGCCGCAGAAUUAUUUGGCUGCCACCUCAAUAUGUUACCCACAAAUGCGUGGAAGAGAAAGCACAGCAAAGGUGGGAGUCUCCUUGAAACGAAAGGUACGGACAAGUUUAACUGACACAGCAAAGUGGAUGUGAAAACCACUGAAUAGACUAGAGCCCCAGUUCAGUAGGAAAUAGAGGACAAGCAUCGUCUUAACAUGGAUGUUGAAUUCAUACUCAUUCAUACCAAUCUGUGUUCCACAGCAUGCCAAUGCAGGUACCUUUUGUUAGCGCAAAGAUAUGAAAUAGUGUGAAAUGGCUUUCAGUUCAGUCAAAAAAAUAAUAAUUCACACCAAUCAGUGACAUUCAGCAUGAUUUGCUAUUUCUGGCGAGGUUUUGUUCAGAAGAGCUCUUUAAGAGACCAAGAGGUGGCACUGUUUGACCCCUCAGCGUGUGAGACACAGUCUCCAUUAACCACACCGCAAAAAAAAAGCAUUUGAAGUUUUAAGAAGCAUAAUGAAGUAUUUCUAAAUGUAAAUAUGUGUUUUUUUUCCCAAAAUGUAAAAGCAAUUAAAACAUUUCCUUUCUGUU